CACAGAAGCAAUUUGAAGGUGUCACAUAUGAGGGUUAGGCUCAGGAAAUAAUAGCCGGGAAUUUAUUGUGGAGCUUGUAAAAUUAGAUCUUUACUUCCAUUGGCAGGUGUGCGAAUAAACUAGAAGAAAAAGUCAAAGGGACAGCAGACAGACAGUUUAAUGUGUGUCUAAGUAAAGUGGAAUGAAUAACCUUUACUCGACGUCACCAUGGUGAUCAGUGGGCUGGUCUGGUACUGUGCAGCUCUCUGGGACAAGAGAUAGGAGCAUAAGGAGCCUGUGACAUUUAUCCCCUCCCCUCUCCUUCACAUUCCCAAAGCGAACCCAGGCAAAGGAGUGACAAACCCUCACUAUAUUGAAUUAGAGCCUAUGUGAAAUAGCGGCUUAAGGGAAAAUUGUUAGAGAAACACUACGACUGCUACCAGAAAAUGUCACAAAAUUCUAUCUUAGUUGAGUUACAAUUGGCCCAGAGGCUCAAAUAGAGUUACCAGAGUGCUGAAAGAUGGCUUGCUCUGCUGUGCCCAGUGGGCUAUGAUUUACUUACUGGACAGCUUAUAUGGAUGUAUAAAGUCUGUACCCGAAACACAACUUUUUGAAAACUCACUUUGCACCAACCCGGCACUGAAAUCCUGAAAUAAAACCACUCCUGACAAUUGAUGGCUUGUCCUUGCCAAUGUCACUCGGAGAGAUCACUGUCCAUGCUCCUGUGUCCGGAGCCCACUCAUGUGAAGGCUGCGUUGGAAGUUCUGAGUAGGUCUGCUCAGGAGAGCAGAAAGCAGCUGGUGGUGGAGAUACUGAAGGAUCCUAAGAGAGAGCGCUACAUCAGGACACUAGAAUAUUUACUCAGCUCCACAGACUCAUGGCUUUGCAGUACCGCAGCCUAUCUUCUUGGAGUCCUGGUGGAGAGAGAGGAGGUUGUGCAGCAGCUCAAGGCCAAGGCUUCAAAGGGCAGCAACAGCCUUGUUGGGACUCUAGGGCAGCUCCUAACCAGACAUGAUCCAGACAUUGUGAUGAAUGCUGCUGGUGCUUUAGCCUCUUUGGUUGAGAGCUCGGCUGGACGUGGGUGGCUACAGAGAGACCAGGCUGUGUUUAGUCAGCUCUUGACCAGCCUGUUGACCCUGCUGGACCACGGACCGGAGAGCAUGGUGAACUCUGCUGCCCUGAUCCUGGCCAGGCUGUCCCUGUGUGAUGUUGCCUGCCAAGGCCUGUUACGCCACCCCUCAGGCCCCAGCACCUUGGGCUGCCUGGUACAAUGCCUGGCACACAGCCAUACAGACACGGCUAUGAAUGCAGCCUUUGCUUUGGGUCGUCUGUGUGGAAGUGAAAGAGGCAGGAGUCUCAUUCUGACAUUUGCGCCAGAGUACCAACUGGUUCACAGUCUGCAAGCCCUCAUGAGUGAGGUGGCUGGGCCAGAGGCAGGACAGACAGCCUGUUUUGCAUUGAGUUGCCUAGUAACAGAAGAAGAUGGACACGCUCUGGUGCUGGGUAGCCCAUCCCUUCCCAGCCUUCUUGAUGCUCUUCUCUACCGCUUACAAACAGAAGACCAGGACAGUGCCUGGUUUGCUGCCAUGGCAGUGAAAGUGUUCGUGUCACGACCGGCAGGAGUGUUACACGUGCGAGAGCACAGGUCUCUGAGGGAGCGACUGAAGUCUCUCUCCAGCUCUCCCUCCAUUGGCAAGGAUCUCAGGGAGGAAGUGACCUCAUGUCUUAGGAAGCUGGAGCCUCUUGUUAAGCCAUUGCCCCCGACAACUAGGCGCCUCCCAUCUGGGGCCUGCACUGUGUCAUGGGAGAAGUGUUUCCCUGAGAGUGGCCUAGAGGUCACUUACAGCCUUCUGGACAGAGAGAUAGUUCUGUAUCGUGGAACCCAAUGUCACGUGACUUUACCGGUAUCAGUCCUCAAACCUGGACAUGAGUUCUCACUCCGACUGAUCCACUCUUCCGCUGAUGGAGACACCAGCCCCUACAGCGAGCCUGUGCUAUUGGUCAUAGAAUCAGAGGAGACGGGGACAAGGCCUGGUCCUCCACAGAAGCUGCGCGUGAUUGGAUGCACAGCCUCUCAUGUGCGACUGAGUUGGGUUGCGCCGGCGGGUGUGCUGAAGCCCCAGGUGUAUCAGCUGUAUCGUGGGGAAACACUACUAGAUACCACAACAGAGCUGAGGGCUGCAGUGGGUGGUCUGUCCCCGGGAACCCUUUUCCAGCUGGGUGUGUGCGCAGUGGGGCCAGGGGAAGAGGUGGGCCCCUGUGCGGAGGUGGAGGUCCGUACAGCCAAGGACCAGGACCACGCACCCAGCGGCCUGACCAUGGUGGUGCUGGGCAGGCAUGAGCUGCAGAUUAUGUGGGGGGCUCCCCUGGUGCCCCUGGGUCGCCUGUUCAACUAUGAGCUGAGGCUGAACGAUUGCGUGGCUUACUUGGGCACGGCGCGUGCUCACACUGCCCGCCGUCUGGCCGCCAACACGGCCUACACCUGUACUGUAACGGCCAUCACCACCAGAGGGCGCUCUCAGAGCCGGUCCGUCACUAAGAGGACCGCUCGCGACGAGUACCCGUACACACAGAGGUGUCUGUACUCCUCCAGCCGUCAGCCUCCUCCUAAGACUCCUUCAUCACCCCCAUCAGUCACAGAGGCAACAGAGGUCAGACGAAAGGUCACAGAGAUCGGGGAAAAAGCCAAGAAACCCCACUCUGCACACGACCAUCUGACCAAGGUCCAUCUGUCCAGCAGGCAAUACAGAGGGACUGAUCACGACAGAGAGAGACACAGGCAACCUUUGGUCUCCACUUCAUCUGCUGGCUGUGAUGGCAGCAAAAUGGAAUCAUCUGAGACGAUGACCAUGGGGCUGGUGAAUGGAUAUGAUGCAAAGGCCUUAUGGAGGAGAGCCAAAGAGAGGGCAGGAGUAUCUGUCUUCCCUGCUGGGCUUCCAGUCCGGCCCCUGCUCCAUCUCCAGGCUAGGACUGAGGAAAACCUGCUUGAGAGGCAGUCCCACCGUGGCCUGGACCAGCAUUUAGACCCUUCAUGCCUCAGGGCCCAAAUAAGCCCAUGGAUGUUUCUCCAGUGGAGUGCUCUCAGAAGAGGACCUAGAGACAGAGGAAAACUCCCCUGUAUCCCCCAUCAUAUAGAUGCAGUGAAGUUAGUCCAUCCCAUUCCUCCCUCCUACCCACAACUGGACUGGACAGGAAACAAGCUGCUGAGAGACCGGACAAGGCUUUUGACAGGACCAAGAGUGCAGAGCGAAAUCCGAGGAAGACAUCCCCUAACAACAAACUGGACCAAGCUUAGCUGAUAAUGAUCCGUGGUGGAAAGCAUGGGUUUACACGGAAAAAUCUAAAACAAGCAGAGAAUGGUGCUUCUUCAGAGAAUGGUGCUGCUUCAGAGAAUGGUGCUGCUUCAGAGAAUGGGUUUUGGGGGCUCGUCUCAAUACCAGUGAUUUUCAUAAAGACUGUGUGGAUGGAAAAAUGUAAUAAUCAACUGUUACAGGCUUAUUAUUCAGUAUUAAUGCCCGGAAUUCAAUUUUUUAAAAAUGUUUUGUUUAUUUUGAUGCCCAUGUUUGUUUCAAAUCACUGAUGUUAAAUGAGUGAAUCUCAAAUCAUAGAUCCUCAUUUUUGCAUCAAUCAUAUGGUUAAAGAAGUAUUACUCAGCAGAAAAUAAACUAUCCCACCAAACAAAAUAUUUUUCUGUCCCCAAAAUAGAGUACAGUAAUGUAUCUCUCUCUUUACUCCUUCAACCUUUAUGCAACAUAUUGGUGGCCGCUGCAGCUCAGAAGACACACAUUCUGUUUUGAAAUGUAAAACUGGAUGAUGGAAUGUAUUUUUUCUGACGUUAUUGUCAUAUUAUCCAGCCUCGUCAUUAUUUUACUAGUGUAGUUGUACCUGUGUUGUGAACAGAGGCAUUUUUAGAGGACAUAUUCAACAUCAAGCAAUCAUCUCAAAUUGGGUUGCACAUUUUUGGGGAGGUGGAACCUUUCCGUGGGAAUUAACAGGAAUGAACUGAAAUAUAUGGAAAUUAAUAUUAAUACCAUUUAAAUGUAGAUGUUUUUUUGCAUAUUUACCAUAUCAUAUGGAGACAUAAACCUUUUACCUUAUCAUCAGUAGACAUAAUUGCAAAUGAUUAAAUCCUUCCAAUAGAAAUAAAAAAAUAUUUAAUUAUGAAUUAAAUGAGUUGACUCU